GUCGGCAUGAUAGCAGUCCAAGGAGAAAGGAAGCAACUUCACUCCUUCUUUUUGACAAUUACAUACUUUUUCUCAUAUGUAACCGGUACCUUUUAGUCAGUAUUAUGACUCAGUGAUUAGUCGUGGUCAUCGCUUAUUUUAACUUGAUUUUUAAUAUGUGGAGGAGGAGAUGAAAGGGGCUUGUCCAACUCAACUUCAAUUAUGGGGACAGACACCUGCCGUGAUCAGGCGCGGCUAACGCGCUAACAUUAGCAGUCAGAGGGAGUUCAAAAGUACAAACCAGCUCGACAGGACGACAUGGAGUGAUGACAGGACACAGGAAACCUGGAUUAUAAAACUUGUUGGGAAUAUCGAAUAUCGUAUUCAAACGGAGAUAUAUUAACCUUACGUGUGCUGAUGUAACUAGUUUAGGUGGGAGCUGCUCUAUUUGGGAUCAUGUCUGUGACUGAACUCUACUCUAGGUACACCCGGGUUUGGAUCCCUGACCCAGAAGAGGUUUGGAAGUCAGCUGAAAUCAUCAAGGAUUAUAAGGAGGGAGACAAAGUGCUUCAUCUCAAAUUAGAAGAUGAAUCGACGUUAGAAUAUUCAAUUGGUCCCAAAGACAAUGCACUUCCAUUUCUUCGGAAUCCUGAUAUUCUGGUGGGAGAGAAUGACCUCACGGCUCUCAGCUACCUCCACGAGCCUGGAGAUGAAAAGAACCAGUCGAUAAUUGUGAGUGGCGAGUCUGGAGCCGGUAAAACAGUUUCCGCAAAGUAUGCCAUGCGCUUCUUCGCCACAGUGGGAGGUUCAGCGAAUGACACCAACGUCGAAGAGAAAGUACUGGCCUCCAGCCCCAUCAUGGAGGCUAUUGGAAAUGCAAAAACCACCCGCAAUGACAACAGCAGCCGCUUCGGGAAAUAUAUCCAGAUCGGCUUCGAUAGGAGAUAUCACAUCAUCGGUGCCAACAUGCGAACGUAUCUGCUUGAGAAGUCCAGAGUAGUUUUUCAGGCUGAGGAAGAGAGGAACUAUCACAUCUUCUACCAGCUCUGUGCUUCAUCCUCUCUGCCAGAGUUUAAAGAUCUAACCUUGACCAGCGCAGAGGACUUUACCUACACGUCUCUCGGUGAAAACAUUUUCAUUGAAGGGGUGAACGACGCUGAGGACCUUGUGAAGACAAGAGAGGCUCUUACAAUGCUUGGUGUGAAAGAGAUCCAUCAAAUGAGCAUCUUUAAAGUAAUUGCCUCCAUCUUGCACCUGGGGAACGUGGGGAUUGUGUCGGAGAGAGAUGGAGAAUCCUGCCAUAUCAACAGGGAUGGCACACAUUUACAUCAUUUCUGUCGGCUUUUGGGUAUAGAGCAGGAGCAGAUGGAGCACUGGCUGUGCCGCAGGAAGCUGGUGACCACUGCCGAGACCUAUGUGAAGAACAUGUCGCAUGCCCAGGCGGUCAACGCCCGAGACGCCCUGGCCAAACACAUUUACGCCCAUCUCUUUGACUGGAUCGUGGAGCACAUCAAUAAGGCCUUGCACACGUCCACCAAACAGCACUCCUUCAUUGGGGUGCUGGAUAUCUAUGGAUUUGAAACCUUCGAGAUCAACAGCUUUGAGCAGUUCUGUAUUAACUACGCCAAUGAGAAACUACAGCAACAGUUCAACUCGCAUGUGUUUAAACUGGAGCAAGAAGAGUAUAUGAAGGAGCAGAUCCCCUGGACGCUUAUAGAUUUCUAUGAUAACCAGCCGUGCAUUGACCUCAUUGAAGCCAAGCUUGGUAUUCUGGACCUUCUUGAUGAAGAGUGUAAGGUGCCUAAAGGAACGGAUCAAAACUGGGCUCAGAAGCUGUACAGCCAGCAUUCAAACAGCGGGCAUUUCGAAAAGCCCAGGAUGUCCAACAGGUCUUUCAUUGUGGUCCACUUUGCAGAUAAGGUUGAAUAUCAGUGUGAUGGCUUCCUGGAGAAGAACAGAGACACUGUUUAUGAGGAGCAGAUAAACAUCCUCAAGGCCAGUCAGUCACAGAGUUCUGAGUCAGAUAGCCUCCAGUCCCUGAGCGGACUGCAGUCUCCCAAUGCCUCUCUCACAGGAGAUGUGCUCUAUGCUCAAAAGAAAGAUCCGAUGUUUGAUUCUAGAAGAGCUGUUCAGCAACUGCGAGCAUGUGGAGUUCUGGAGACCAUCCGCAUCAGUGCCGCCGGCUAUCCAUCCAGGUGGACCUAUCCAGAUUUCUUCAGCAGAUAUCGGGUGCUCAUGUCAAAGAAGGACAUGACCAUUGGGGAUAAGAAGCAGGUUUGUAAGAACCUGCUGGAGACCUUGAUAAAGGACCCAGAUAAGUUCCAGUUUGGAAAGACGAAGAUUUUCUUUAGGGCAGGUCAGGUGGCCUAUCUGGAGAAGCUCCGAGCUGAUAAGUUCCGCUUCGCCUGCAUUAAUAUCCAGAAGACCGUGCGAGGAUGGCUCCAGAGAAUUCGGUACCGCAAGAUCCGCAAGUCUGCUAUCACUCUGCAGAGAUACGGCCGGGGUUACUUGGCACGCAGAUAUGCAGAGAUGCUUCGCCUGACCCGAGCAGCACUUAUUUGUCAAAAGCAGUACCGGAUGGUACGAGUUCGACGGGAGUAUCUGAGGACCCGUCGGGCUGUGAUCACCAUUCAAGCGUUCGCCCGGGGCAUGUUCAUACGCAGGUUAUAUCAGGAGUUCCUGCUCCAUCACAAAGCCAUGAUCAUUCAGAAGACCGUCCGUGGUUGGCUUGUGAGAAAGAAGUAUCUCCGUGCCAGAUAUGCUGCCAUUGUCAUCCAGUGUUUCUACCGCCGUGUACGUGCCAAGCGCCAACUCAAACAGCUCAAGAUAGCAGCCCGUUCGGCCGAACACUUUAAAAACCUCAAUGUCGGAAUGGAGAACAAGAUCGUGCAGCUUCAGAAGAAGAUGGAUAACCAGUCAAAAGAGUAUAAAACUCAGAAUGAGCAGCUGGUUGUUACUAACACUACUCUGGGAUCAGAGGUCACCAAGCUCCAGAAAGAAGUGGAGACUCUUCGCAGUCGGCAGACUGCUGGCACUCAGGUGACAUCACUGCAGGAAGAGCUUGAGAAGUUGAGGGCGGAGCUCCAGGAAGCCCACGCCCAGAGGAAGCAGAUAGAGGAGGAGUUCAGCAACGAGAAACAAGGACUCGAACAGAGGGUGGAGGAGCUGGAGAAAGAGAACACGUUCUUGAAGAAGGAGAAAGAAGAGAUGAACCGCAGAAUCCAGACCUCCAAUCAGGGUCAGGCAGGUGAUGUGUCUCAGAAAGAGAUCCGUCUGCAGGUUGAACUGGAUGAGGAGAGGCAACGAUAUCAGAAUCUGGUGAAAGAAUAUUCCAGACUGGAGCAGAGAUACGAAAAUCUGCAGGAGGACAUGUCCUCCAUGAAGUUCCAUCCCGGCCACCGGAGGAACCCCUCUAACCAGAGCAGUCUGGGCUCGGACUCCAACUACCCCUCUAUCAGUAUGUCAGAGGUGGGAGACACUGAUGACACCAUCCAGCAGGUGGAGGAGAUGGGCAUAGAGAAGGCUGCCAUGGACCUCAGUGUAUUCAUGAAGUUACAGAAGCGUGUGCGAGAGCUGGAGCAGGAAAGAAAGAGGCUGCAGACCAAUUUAGAGAAAGUAGAGGAACUGAGCACACGCAAGGGAAAUGAGCCCAUGAUCUCCACGUCAGAGGAUGAUAUAAAUGCAGACCUGGCCUACAACAGUCUGAAGCGGCAAGAGCUCGAGACUGAGAACAAGAAGUUGAAGAAUGACCUGAACGAGUUGAGGAAAGCGGUGGCCGACAGGGCCUCCGAUAACAACUCAUCCAAUGAGCUUCAAGAGGGCUACAACCUGCUGCUGAAUCAGCUCAAAGCGGCCAAUGAGGAGCUGGAUGUGCGCAAGGAGGAGGUCCUUAUGCUUAAGACCCAAAUCGUGAACUCCACAAGGCAGUCAGAGAACAUAAACCACAUUGAUUCCAAUGAUGUAUCAGAAUGGACCAACAUCAAGAAGCCCUUGGACUCAGAGGACACUGGUGAUGCGCCUGAUUUAAAGAAUAAAGCUCAAGACUGGGGUUAUUUGAAUGAAGAUGGGGAACUUGGCCUGGCCUACCAGGGUCUAAAGCAAGUUGCCAGGCUGCUGGAGGCCCAGCUGCAGACACAGUCUCGACAGCACAAGGAUGAGUUAGAGGCUCUCCACACGCAAAUCGAACUGCUGAAGGACAGUCUGGAGAAGAAACAGGAAAUGCUGGACCACUUCUCCACACUUUCUCCUGAUGCUCUGGUGGAGUUCAGCGUGCAACAGGAGAUCACACGCCUCACUAACGAAAACCUGGAUCUGAAGGAACUUGUUGAGAAGUUGGAGAAGAAUGAGAAGAAGUUGAAGAAGCAGUUGAGGAUCUAUAUGAAGAAAGUGCAAGAGCUGGAAGUGUCUCAGGCCACAAAGAGCAGACCAGAGCUGACUCGUCAGGUCACCGUACAGAGGAAAGAAAAGGACUUUGAAGGCAUGCUGGAGUACUACAAAGAAGAUGAGGCCUUGCUGGUCAAGACUUUAAUUACAGAGAUGAAGCCCAAUGCGGUGUCGGCCACAGUCCCCUGCCUCCCUGCUUACAUCCUCUUCAUGUGUAUCCGUCAUGCCGACUACAUCAACGACGACCAGAAAGUUCAUUCACUCCUUACCACAACCAUCAAUGCCAUCAAAAAGGUCCUGAAGAGAAACAAUGAUGACUUUGAGAUGACCUCCUUCUGGCUGGCAAAUGCCAGUCGAGUUCUGCACUGUCUGAAGCAGUACAGCGGGGAUGAGGCGUUCAUGACACAGAACACUGUCAAGCAGAACGAGCACUGCCUGAAGAACUUUGACCUGGCUGAGUAUCGGCAGGUUCUGAGUGACCUCUCCAUCCAGGUCUAUCAGCAGCUCGUCAGAGUAGCAGAAGGCAUCAUGCAACCCAUGAUUGUUUCUGCCAUGCUUGAGAGCGAGAGCAUCCCCAGCCUGGCCGGAGUGAAGCCCAUGGGCUACAGGAACCGCUCCUCUAGUUUGGACUGUGAGAGCGGAGGUCCAGCGGGCUACACGCUACAGGCCCUGAUCAGGCAGCUGGGACAGUUUUACACUGUCAUGGCGGACCACGGCCUGGACCCUGAGAUCAGCCAGCAGGUGGUUCGCCAGCUCUUUUACUCCAUCAAUGCAGUGACCCUCAACAACCUGCUGCUGCGCAAGGAUGUCUGCUCUUGGAGUACCGGCGUGCAGCUCAGGUACAACAUCAGUCAGUUGGAGGAAUGGCUGAGAGGAAAGAAUCUGCACCAGAGUGGAGCCGUAGCCACCAUGGAACCUGUUAUCCAGGCCGCCCAGCUGCUGCAAGUGAAGAAGAAGACCUCCCAAGAUGCAGAGGCCAUUUGCUCGCUCUGUACCGCCCUCAGCUUACAGCAGAUUGUGAAGAUCCUCAACUUGUACACGCCACUCAAUGAGUUUGAGGAACGAGUCACUGUGUCUUUCAUAAGAGACAUACAGAAUCGCCUCCAAGAUCGAAUAGAAAACAACCAACUGCUGGUAGACACUAAAUACACCUUCCCUGUGCUCUUCCCUUACACUCCAUCAGCGCUCAGUCUGGAAACCGUACACAUCCCGGCCUCCCUCAGCCUGCACUUCCUCACACGGGUCUGACAUCUCAAAUCUCUCUGUCUCACUCUGAGCGGCCUGCAGCGGCCCAUCGGAGAUCUGCUAACCCACAUACUAACAACACCACACGUGUGGGAUUUACAGUAUCGACAUUUAACAAGACGAACAAUCUCCCUGACCAACUAACUGUGGUGUUGAGACUGUUUCAAUAAGGGUGAAAAUAAGUCUAAAUGAUGCAGGUGUAAAUACGCUGUCAGCCUUUUGACUUUCCUUCUAUAACACUCAACCAGUUCUCUCUGGUCUCCCAUUUUAUACAAGCAAGGUUAUUGAAAUAUGAAGUUUAAACACUAUAUUUAGAUUGGGAUGUGUUUGUCUUUGACUAAUUCUUAUGAUUAAACAAGUGUAAUCUAAAUUAAAGUAAGAGGGUUUUGGGCUACUGACAUGAAACACUAAUGCGAGAUGUAUGUGUCUGUAUUCAUGUAUCUGUAUUAGUGUGCACUGAUUUCUUUGUGUUUGUAAUGGAAAAGUGUCUUUUAUUUCCCUUGCUUGUGCUGGAGCACAGUCUCAUCUCAGAAACAUGGGCUCCCACUGAAGCAACGCCACAAUCGCGCUUUUUUUUCUAGGUGAACUUGUAAAAUCGGCUGCCAAGAUUCAUUCCCACAACCUCUAGCAAAAAGAAGCAGGAAAUCUCUGCAUUGCAGUGGCUGUUGCCAGUGGAUCGGACUCUCCAAACAGGGGCUUUUUAAGCUUUUUUUCUCCGCAUGUGUUGAAGAAACCGAUGCAGAAACUUGGGACCUUGAAUCACAGGGCCAGCAAAUGUGGCCGAUCGUGAAAGUGACCAUGACAAGUCGAAGUAUGUGGAGCGGAGGGAACGAGGAGAGGAGUUUGAGCUGGGAUAUUUAAUAUUCUGUUGAAAUAAAUAAUCUUGUGAUUGUUUGUUGGUGGAAUCUAGAAUGUGCUGGAAGGCAUGUGCAAGUAUGAUGAAGAAAUGUAUCUAAAGAGGCGUCAUAUACACUGGGAUGAGUUUUAUGGUGUACAGAAAUACAUUCUCAAAGCUACCAGGUUACUAUUUCAUGAAAGCAAUUAUCACAAUUUACUUUAACUUUAUACUUUACACAGCUCUGUAAAUGAUUGUGUAAUCAAAUAGCAAUAACUACGCAUUGUUUACAAAAAAAAAAAAAGUACAAUUUUAUACAAUCUCCCGAUUUUCCCCUUAUUUUGUAUGUUGCCAACAGAAUGGGCUGUUCUGCGAGAAUAGUGCAUCAUGUCAAUUCAGGAUACCGUAUUUUGUUUCAAAUAAGUAAUUCACGUUUUAGUUUUAGGUUUCAAAGUUUAUACAAAGCGGUCAAAAUCUCAUGUAUUGCACAUCUCAUGUAUAUCACUCUCUGGAUACAACUUUCUGGAUUGAAAUAGUUCUUUCAACGCCAAUAAAGUAAGAACUGUCAA